AUGGCACCCGGUGCUGCUUCUGAUUCUGCACCCGGUGAGCUUGGAGCGACGUUCGUUCCUGGAGGCUGGGACGACUAUUACAUGCCUCCAGUUGUUGCGCCGUCACCCCAGAGAGUCACGCCUCAGGUCCCCCAAAACAUGCAGGAAGACCUCCAACGCAUGGAGUCGGAAGCGAGCAGUUCUCGACGCCCCGACGGCGGGGCCUCCUCCAAACACGGCCGAGACCCUUCAUUGUCCACCUGGAUGGGAUCUGCCUCCCAACCCGUCAUGGAGCAGUCCCGGGAACCCGACCCCAGUUCCCGACUGAGCCUCUCCGCCACCCUCGAGACGGCCCCGACCUUCUCUCCAUUUCCCAAGGUCAAGGGCGACAACAUCCCCCCGGCCGACGAAGAGAAGGAGAGCAUCCUGUGGAAUGCCCGCAAACAUGUCAUGAGCUCUCAGAACGUCUCCAUGCAGGUCACAUGGGCCCGUGACGUCCUCAGCUGGGUCGAGGUGUCCGUGGAGAUGGCUAAUCGCAUGUCCCCCGAUGCCCCACGUCCAUCCACCCCACGUAUCGAGCACGAGCUGCGUGUAGACGCCGUCAACAUCACCACACAUCUUGCUAGUCAGGACCACCCCCAAGCCCUGUAUAUGCAGGCCAAGUGGAAGGAGUUUGGCAAGUUCGGCCACCGCGUCGACAAGCGUGAGGCCUACGUCGGCUACAAGCGCUCUGCCGAGCUCGGAUACGGCCGUGCCGAGUAUCGCAUGGGCAUGCUGUUUGAGCACUCCAACGACGUCUCCAAGGCCAAGGAGCACUACUACAAGGGCAUGGCCCUGAAAGACUCGGCGUCCCUCUACCGCAUGGGCAUGACAAGCCUGCUGGGACAGCUAGGCGAGGCUAAGGACUAUCAGACAGGCCUGGAUCGCAUCCAGGCUGCCGCCGACUCUGCUGACGAGGACUCGCCCCAGGGAGCCUUCGUCUACGGCAUGCUCAUCGGCCGGGAGCUCCCCGAUAUCUACGUCCCCGACUCUAUGCUCCCCACCAACCCCCAGACUGCCAUGGUCUACGUCGAGAAGGCAGCCUACCUAGGCUUCGCCAAGGCGCAGCACAAGAUGGGUCAGGCUUACGAGCUGUGCCAGUUCGGGUGCGAGUUUAACCCGGCCUACUCUCUCCACUACUACGGCCUCGCUGCCAACCAGGGAAACGCAGAGGCCGCUCUGGGUGUCAGCCGAUGGUUCCUCUUCGGUUACGAGGGCGUCUUCAAGAAGAACGAGGAGCUGGCUUUUAAGUAUGCCAGGCAGGCCUCAGACCAGAAGCUCCCCACUGGCGAGUUUGCCCUGGGUUACUACUACGAGAUCGGUAUCUUUGUCGAGAAGAGCCUUGGCGAGGCACGCAAGUGGUACCAGCUCGCUGCCGACCACGGAAACAAGGACGCCAUCGGCCGCCUCGAAUCUCUAAGCUCGGACCACACACUGUCGAAGCAGGACCACGAGACGACGACACUCACAAGGAUCAAGUCGCAGCAUGGCUCGCAACGCGGAAAGAGGCCGGACAGGUUCAAGCAAGGAGCACAGGCCCAGGCGCUCCCUACCCUCAGCGAGGCAGCACCGCCGAAGGUUGGCAAGUCAAGGGACGGGUCGCCCUACGUCUCCCCCCAGCCGUCGCCCGGCUUCAAGCCCACUGUCGUCUCGGAAGGCGCCGAUUUCCCCGAUCCCUCGAGAGGCCAUGUUGCUGGCGCCGGCCGUCAGCCAGCUUUCGGCGUGCGCGUCGAGGGCGGGCCUAACCCGGCAGUACGGUCUCAAUCGGCGGCGCCUCCGUAUCCAGAGGACCAUCGGGCUCCUCCAGUCGGCCGGUCAGCCUCUGCAGCCCCGUAUCCGGAAGACGAUAUGCGCGGGCAAGGUCGAGGCGGUCGACCCCGGCCCAAUCAAUACGGCCCUGGGCCUCAAUCAGAUCGCCCCGGAAGCGCCUUCGGUGUGGCCCCUCAGCAGGGCCAGGGACUUCCCUUGAGGCCCAUGCCCUCCUCGCAGUCGACGGGUAACAUGAACGCGCCCCCACAGCAGUACCCUAACCCGCGCGGCCGCAUUGCCUCGGCAGGCACCGCACCUCCUCCUGGCGGCCCCGGUCCCAUGAGCCCCACGGCGCCCUUCCACUCCAGCGACUACGGCCGCCCCCCAAGCUCAGGAGGCUACUCAAACAGCUCGCGUCCCGGGUCGUCGGCCGCUCAGAAGGCCGCCAUCCAGGGCGGCGCCAUGCCCCCCGGCCGCGGGUACGACGGCCGCGUCUCGCAGCAGCCACCACCAGGCGGUCGUCCGCCGGCCGGUGGCAGGGGUGGUCCUGGACCCAUGUCGCCCACACCGCAGAGGCCACCCGCAUCCAGCUACGGUGCCCCCCCUCCUGUCGCAGCAGCCGGGAGGGUGGGCAGCGCACCUCCCGGGCAGAUGCAGAGACCAGAUCCGGCCAGGCCGGGUGCGAGUGCGAGCCCCGCGCCGUCUGUUUCGUCGGCUCCCGCGCCAUCCGCCGCGCCUUCGAAGCCCAGCAAAGGCCCUGCCACGUUUGAAGAUAUGGGUAUUCCCCAGGGGAAGCAAGAGGGUGACUGCGUGGUCAUGUAA